AGGGGAGGGAGGAGGCGCGGGGGAGCGGGGCGGGAGCGGAGCGCGGCGGCGGCGGCCGAGCCGAGCCCAGCCGAGCCGAGCCCAGCCGAGCCGCUUGCAAACGAGCGGUGGCACAGGGUCUUUUUUUGCGGGGGUUGCUUUUCUUUUUUCUAGGGCGGGAAGGUGGUGGUGGAGGGUCCGUCCCCGCCCGCGCGUUUGCGGAGAAGGGCCGGCGGCGGCGCCGGGGGUGCUCCGCGCCCUCGCCCUGCCCGCGGUGCAGUUAAGAUGCGCCCCGGACGCUGUGUGGUUGCAGCGCGGCGGCGCUGAUAUCGCUCACCAUGGACAGCUUCGACUUCGCUCUCCUUCAGGAGUGGGACCUGGACUCUCUGUGUGUCUACGAGCCAGAUAGAAACGUGCUGCGAAGGAAAGAAUGGGAAAGGAGAAAUCAGGAGGCCCAGCAGGAGGAUGGCGCAUUUAACACGAGUUACUCCCUCUUCAGUGAACCGUACAAGACUAACAAAGGGGAUGAACUCUCGAAUCGCAUCCAGAAUACACUGGGCAACUAUGAUGAAAUGAAAGACUUGUUAACUGACCGAUCAAACCAGAGCCACCUUGUCGGGGUUCCAAAACCCGGGGUUCCUCAGACAUCUCUCCCCAAGCCUGAUGAACAUCAUAUUGCAGACUCGAGACCAAUGCCUCCUCCUCCCAUUUCCAGCACUACAUCUUCCACACCAGCAGCCCUACCUGCCCAGCAGAGCAAAAGCACCACGAUGGGUUGGCAGAAGGCCGGGCACAAUGCUGCUUCAGAUGGCCAGCAGAGAGCGAGCAAGCAUGGGCACCGGUCGCUGGAGUCACACAAGGGUGACUUCAAGCUGGCGAACCAAAAAUCCAGUCUGGAGAAACUAAAACGCUAUGCAUCAAGUCCCACCUCCUCCUCUUCCUCCUCCAAUGCUGCCCAGCAAAGCUCACUGAGGAACACGCUAGGAGACAACGUCAACAGAGUGCAGCAGCCAGCAAAGCUCAAUUGUAGCUCGGAAGGAGGAGGUCAAUCGCAAGAGAGGCCAGCAAAGCACAGUGGCGGGCACUGCGUCCAAAACUUCCCACCCUCUCUUGCUUCGAAGCCCUGUCUGGUUCAGCAGAAACCAACAGCUUAUGUCAGGCCAAUGGACGGUCAAGACCAGGCUCCUGAUGAGUCUCCAAAGCUGAAGUUACCAGCAGAGACGACCAAGUCAUAUAGGGGAGUGCCUUCUAACAAGCCUGAUUCGGCCAGAACCAAGUCAAAGAUAGCCAAGUUCAGCAUUCCUAAGCAAGAAGAGGAUGGUGGAACAGGAGAUAACAGCUGCAUUGAAGAAAUAUUGCGGGAGAUGACCCAUUCAUGGCCUCCGCCACUGUCAGCUAUUCACACACCAGGAAAGGCAGAACAAAGCAAGUUUCCCUUCCCAAACAAGGAAUCACAACAGGGAUCUACAGGACACAGCAAUACAAGGAAAAGCGAUGUAGAGCCAAGGAGUCCAGAGAAAAGCGCAACCCAUACAUCAAUGCUAGAAGAUGACCUCAAGUUAAGCAGCGAUGAAGAGGAGAAUGACCAGCAGGCAGCACAGAGAUCUGCUCUCCGCGUUCUAUCUGACAGCCUGGUGGUGCCACCAUCCAACACCCGAGCCUCGGGACUCUCCAGCAAGGGGUCGAGCAGCAGCAGCUCCAGUGAAUCCGAGACCAGCUCCGAGUCUGACUCCGAGAGCGAAAGCAGCUCCAGUGAGAGUGACGGCAGCAAGCCCUCGCAUUACUCCAGCCCAGAGCCUGAGCCACCCUCAUCCAACAAGUGGCAGCUGGACAAGUGGCUGAAUAAAGUCACCCCGCACAAAGCACCCAUCCUGACCCACCAUGAUGGCCCGGCACUGGAGGCCCAUCCCUACUAUGGACGUGUGAAGGCGGAGCGGCAGGAAAGUGAGAAGACCCCAACCACCACCCCAGUUGAGCACCGCAGCGGGGAGGGCCGUGCCACCACCGCCGCCACUGCCACCGUCGGGGACGGACCGCGGCCCAGGACUGCCAACAAAGCACCGGGCAGCAAGGGCGGCCGGCAAAAGUCACCCCCCGCCGCUGACGGUGCGCCCCCGAGGCGGGCAGCGGGAAAGAAGGCACUGCGGCGGGCUGAGAGGACCUCUGCCGGGGACGGUCCCUCUUGCCCUGGGACAGAGGAAACCCCUGGGAGCCACAGCUUUCCGGAAAGCACUGCUGGCGAGGCACCAAGGGCCCGGCCCAGCAGUAGUGGUGUCGGCGGUGGCUGCAGAGCAGGGCACCGCCGGGAGCCCCGCUCAGCCGCAGCUGGUGAGAAGCGCCGGGCCCGGGGGCCAAGCAAAACGGCGCCCAAAUCCAAGGAGUUCAUUGAGACUGAAUCAUCGUCCUCGUCGUCCUCUUCCGACUCAGGCUCUGAGUCGGAGCGGGAGGAGCGGCCGCUGCCCAAGGUGCCGGCGGUGGCUGGCGCUGAGCCGCGUGCCAAGGACGCGGGGAGCAGCAGUGCCGGCAAACCCCACAGCGGCUGCAGUGCCUUUGGCUCCAUUAAUGCCAGGACUAGUACUGAGAUAGCAAAGGAGCUGGAGGAACAGUUUUACACCCUGGUUCCUUUCGGUAGGAAUGAGCUCCUGUCUCCUCUGAAAGACAGUGAUGAGGUAAAGUCGCUGUGGGUCAACAUUGACUUGGCUCUUUUGUCCAGGAUUCCAGAGCGUUUGCCUGAAGAGCCGCUGGCCAUGAGCGCCGGAGCAAACCAGGCGGCCAGCCUCCCGCAGGGUAGUAGUGCUGACCCCCCCGCAGAGAAGGGUUUACCGAAAUCUAGAAGGAAACGCAAGUGUGAGAAUGAAGAAGAGUGCAGAGACAUCAAGAAGACUCACUUAGAACGAGAGAGUUCUUCACGAUUAGCUGCCUCUGCCCACAGCAUCACAACAGCAAAUCACUGCAAUAUGAAUGAAAAUAGCUUGGCAAUACCAAUAAAUAAAAAUGAGAAAAUGCUUCGGUCACCCGUCUCUCCCCUCUCUGAUGCAUCAAAACACAAAUACUCCAACGAUGAUUUAACUUCUUCCAGCAGACCUAAUGGCAGCAGUCUAUUACCUUCCAUCUCCUCCAGCAAAAAACAUAAGGGUGAAAUCCAGUCGCAGCCACAUCCCGGAGACUUCAAUAAAGCAAUUCACAUUGAUUCAGAAAAUGUUCUUUGCAAUAAGCCCCAGUCCCAAACAGAACCUUGGUCACCUCUGUCCAGCACACCCAGGGACUGCAGAAGGACAAAGCUCAUCUUCGAUGAUAUGCCACGCAAUGCAGAUUACUUUAUGCAGGAAGCUAAACGGAAGAAGCAUAAAGCAGAUGCAAUGGUGGAAAAGUUUGGAAAGGCACUGAAUUAUGCAGAAGCAGCACUAUCGUUUAUUGAGUGUGGAAAUGCAAUGGAACAAGGCCCAAUGGAAUCUAAAUCCCCUUAUACAAUGUAUUCAGAAACAGUUGAACUCAUCAGGUAUGCAGUGAGACUAAAAACCCACUCAGGCCCCAACGCCACACCAGAAGACAAACAGCUGGCAGCAUUAUGUUACCGCUGCCUGGCCCUUCUCUACUGGAGGAUGUUCCGACUCAAGAGAGACCAUGCGGUCAAGUAUUCAAAAGCGCUUAUUGAGUAUUUCAAGAAUUCAUCAAAAGCUGCUCAGAACCCAUCUCCUUGGGGUGCCAGUGGAAAGAGCACAGGAACUCCAUCACCCAUGUCCCCUAGCCCUUCUCCAGUAAGUUCUGUAGGAUCCCAAGGGAGCACAGGGGCCCCUUCCCCAUCUCCUAUCAUCAGCAUCCCACAGCGCAUUCAUCAGAUGGCUGCCAACCACGUCAGCAUCACCAACAGCAUCCUGCACAGCUAUGACUACUGGGAGAUGGCUGACAACCUGGCCAAGGAAAACAGAGAUUUUUUUAACGACCUGGAUGCAUUGAUGGGACCUAUCACCUUGCACAGCAGUAUGGAGCAUUUAGUUCAGUACACUCAACAAGGACUUCACUGGGUGCGGAGUAGUGCUCACUUGUCAUAAUGACUGUGUGCCACUCAGACGGACAGUAUACCUUUCAUGGAUAAUUCAGUUAUUCUGGACACUGUGCUACAGAAAUAGUCAGCCACAGCAUUGAUCCAAACAAAGGUGAAUAUUUCUUCAAUAUUGAGCAAAAUUUUUCUGACCGUAGACAUGUAUAUGUGCAUAUGUACAAUACACAAUGAUGUCUCUUCAGAAUGAAUUGUUCUGUACCACUCUCCAAACAUUUUCAUACACUAGAAAGAACUGAUCCUAAUGCACAAAACGUACCUUUUCUAUUCUUGUGCUGAAAAACUCAGAAACCAAAAUCUCAUGGGUUGAUUGAACCAAGUGCAAUAAGCACAGAUCCCUAUUCAGGAAAGCUCUCAAUAGAUUCUUAACGUUAAGCUUGUACUGAGAUCCCGUUGACUUCAGCAGAGCUUGAGCACAUACACAAGGGCUUUCCUGAACUGGAAUGAACGAGAGCAGAUCAUAGUCACGGAGAACUUUUACUGCGAGCAUGGACACGUCACAGAAGUUUCAGUAUCAAUGUGCCAUCUCCGUGUUACUUCCCUGCUGGGGCACACAGAGGAGUUGUGUAAUCCACAUUAAGUUGAAAUAAGAUGGCAUUUCUUCAUGUGCAAUAAGUUUCAACAAAUUGCAUGCCUUUCUUUAUCUCCUGUCUUUUUAAAUAACUUUACCUCUUGUUCAGCUCCUCACCAACAGUAUAACCUACAGGAUCAAGCAAAAAGCCUGAAAACAGAUAUGCUGAUAGCAAAAACUUAAAAGAGACGGUGAAAAAUUGCAUUCUGUUACUGACGGUAAAUAUGCAAAUGAAAAAAUAUGGCAAACUGCAAUCCACUUAGUAAGAAAAUGUGUUAAUUAAAGCUGCAUACACACAGAGAGACAGAGAGAUAUCUAUAACAGUCAUUGGCUUUGCAUGGGAAAGCUUCAUCCCACAGAUUUUGACUUCCAUAUAUUUUUCAUCUAGCAGAAGCUUGCAGCAUUUUCUUCUAGGCUGUAUGGGAGCAUUACAUGCAAUUUCCUUUAUCUGGGAAGCUGAAUUUGCUGCUCAUCAGGCUAAGAACUGUUUCCUAUCAUAAUCCUCUCACUCUUCAUGCAUAAUCCUCAACUAGGCUUUAACGUUUCUUGAUUUCUGGGAUGUUUUCAGGUCCUGUUGACAGGCUGUGUUUUUCAUGCCAGAAGAAUUAAUCCCACAAUAAUUGGAGUUUCAUUUGGGUCAGCUGAGGUCAAGGCCAGUUCAUAUCAACUGUGCUAGCAUUCGGUGCAUUUUUGUUCAUUUUCAGUGGUUUUCACAGACUUAGUUUUCUUUUUCUGUAUUGAAAAAAUAUAUAAUUUUUCUGCAAUCAGAUUUGCAGCCUUUGCUCAAAUCAACAGCUCCAGUGACUUUCAAUGGACUGUUCUUGUCCGAGUCAAUGGUUGGACUCUUUGAUUGUUGUUUUCUAAUUUAAUUUACUUACAUAUUAAGGAAAUGUGAGUACAAAAGACUCUUUCAAUAGAAUACACAAGUAGAAGUAGCCACUGAUAUCAACGGUUGAUUGACUGGUCCUUGCUGCUGAAGGAAAAUCCUCUGUUUUUGAAGAGCUGCAUUUGGAGAAGAAAAAUGAUAAUAAUAAUAAUAAUAAUAAUAAUAAUAAUAGUAAUGCAGCACAUCUUGUCAGUAGAAUAUCUUUGGUAACACAGGUUGUAUGUACCCUGUGACAAAGAAUGGGCUUGAGAGCACACUGAGGCCCGUUUUUUUUUCCGUCUCUUUUUGUCGAGGCUGCUUACCAAGACUCCAUCUAUUGCUCAGACUCAGAGCAUUCACCCUGUUCUUUGAAGCAGCUCAGGGGAGCAGCUACCAAGGGACUGCUCAGCCCCAAGCCAUCCUAGGCCAAUAUUUACAUGUCCAUUGGCGCUCAGAUACUUCCCCCUCAAAAGAAGUCCAGAGCUCAGGCUCUGGUCACCUCUUAGCACAGACUUGAGUGCUACAGUUGUGGUUGGCUUGAAGGGUGAACCUGCCUUUAAAUGACAAAAUACACAUCCUCCAGGUCCUUCUGUCACUCUUAAAUCUGUCUGUUGCCCGCCCCAGAAGGAACACAAUUUGUUCGGUCACAAGUAUCGUGGAGAACUUGAUCGGUGCCUUUCUGUUUAUCACUUGCCUGAUCUUUGGCUGUGGAAGCCUGCCGUGGUUCACCAGGCUAGUAGCAACCAAUUCUGUCAGCCGCUUCAAUACCAUAUGAAGGUACUGUGGGAAUUCUCCUCAGAUCAGGAAAGUGAAAUUCCAUUUAGAUUAGCUUCUGUUUUCUUUGAUGGUGCCUAUGAUGUUUAUCUUCAGAUAAGUUUGGGGGUUUGGGAGCCCUUACUACUAUUUAAUGUUGAGGAAUUUUAGAAGUGACAUAUAUUACUUGCCUUAAAUGGAGUUUAGUUUUAUUGCCUGUGUGGCAUUUAAGUUUCAAGUAUGGAACUUUGAAGUAUGUUUAUUUUACUAAGAUCAGGAUAUUUUUCUUAAUCACAAUGAACUCUUUGUAUGGAUGUAAUACGUCAAGAAACUUCAAAGAAAUGCAAGAAUUAAUGCUGUCCUGUUGUAACAUUUCCAAAUACUAAGGAUCUCCUGUAGAUGAUUGUCCUUUCUUGUACAUUGUUCUUAUAUUGAAUUAUUCCAGCUAAAAUACUCAUUGUUUCCAUGGAAAAACACGCUUGUUUUGGGGUUUUGUGCUUGCAUCAUCUGUGUUGUCUGAUGAGCACACUGAGCCUUAACUUCUGGUGGUGUAACAGGAUGAAGUAGCAGCCAUUUAAACCAACUAGACAUAUAAGUGGAUUAGAGGUUUUGGCCUUCUCUCCACAGGGGUUUUUGCAGCUCUACUAUUUUGGUGAGGUUAUUUAGAAUAGAAUACUCUUCUGUGCAGACUCUUUGCUGUAUAUGGUUGCUGCUGCUUAGAUAACUGAAUGUGGCAUGGUGACAACAAAUAUUUCACUUCAUCUUUUUAGGGCCUUAUCUGGAAAAGUGCAUGUGGCUUUUAAGUCUGGUCCAAUUAAGCAUAUGCUCCAUGUUAAGACCCUGAAUAGUGUUAGGCACUUCACCACGAGUUGAAGGUGCUCUGCCUGUUCUGGAUGGGACCAGUGGAGACUGUCCUUCUCUGGGGUUCCAUGACAGACACUUAUUUGUUUUAAGCUCUUGUAGAAUUAUGCCUGGAGGGAGAGGUUUGCUUACAGGAAGCUUCUGAAUCAGUCAGGGUUGGUAAAGCAAUGGGAAUGCAUUCAAAGGAACCAUAGGAUCCUCACAGACAGCAAGAUCAUAUAGAGCACUUGGCCUUAAUCAUUUGUAGUAUUCUCUGGCGGUAUGAAGGACAGGUGAGAACAAAGCAUAUGCAGAGGUUCAAGUGUGGCCAGAGGCCAAGCAUAGUCCUCCCUGUCGUAUGGCAGGAUACCCCAACGCCUUGUUUGCCUGUUUCUUUUAUCCAAAUAUCACAGGGCUCCAAAGCAAGAUAUUAUAGUGAACAGAGGACCUGUGGUAAAGGAGGUUAGAAGAUCAAGCCCUAAGUGUAGAUACAAACACAUAUGUAUAUACUGUAAAUCUAAAUAGUAAUGAAAGUCACUCAGCAUGAAGGAUAUUACUAGUGCCUACCAUUGGUCAUUAAAUAAUCAUCACUGAGCAGCCAUUUCACCUCAGAAGUGCAGUAACUGUUAUCAAAAUAAUUUGUGCAGCUAAUUAAUUUAUAAGAAAUGCACCUUUGGGGCUGUGCCAUAGUAUCUCUUUUCUAAUACAAAUGUUCAACCAUUUUUCAUGGCUACUGAUUCAAAUCUACAUCACCAAAAUGUCAGAAUGUCUUUUUUUUUUUUCCCUAGAUGAGGACAUAUACUUAGACCUGGCUAAUCUGUGGUUAGUUUAUCUACACAAGAGACUUUAGUAGUCACCAGCCUUAACGCAUGUACAGUAUAUACUGUUCACUGACUUAGUUGUAGGUUUUAAUCCAGAUGAAAUUGGAAUUUGUAAAAUGACUUGGAUUAAUGGCAUCUGCUUCAGAUACCCCGCAGAUGUGACAUUAAAUGAUUCAUGAUUUUAAGCAGGAAAGGUUGAACUUUAUGUAAAUAAAAGUGGAUGAAUUCCUUGAUCUUUUUACAAGAUUUUUUUAAAAUGAAAAGAUUGUCGAAGCAAUAGGUUUUUUAACUCUCCUAAUUUUCUGGAGGGUCAUGGGUUCAUGGUCAAAGCUAUAUUAAGAACAUCUCCUUCUGCAAUAUGCCUUGCCUUUACAUAAUCCUCUUAAUGCCUAAUAUGUCAGAAAGAAAUGUUUCUUUUCACAGCAACAGCAACGUUUCCCUCCCUCAUUCAGGAAGAAUCCUCAAACUAAAGAAUAAAAUCUCCUGGCACAAUAGAAAUACAAACAAUGCCUGAGGAAUAUGGACUUGUUAAGAUAACAAUAGAAGUUGGGCUGGUGCAGACCUAACAUGCCUCUCAUUUUGGUAUCUUUUUGUUAGCAUUUACAUCACAUAUUUUAACUCAUUGUGUUUGAAACUAGAGAAUUAGUCUGAUUUUUGUGUCUUAAAAAGGCCUGGUAGGUCUGAUCACUAUCAUAAUUAUAGUUGUUACAUUAGCUCAUGUGCUGUGCACCAAGAGCUGGGAAGGCAUGUAACUGCAGAUAAAUUUGUCAGAAUGGAUUCAGAAAAGCAUUUAGAUGAUCUUAUGUCUAGUCUGCCUCAAAAACUGCAGAACAAUGUCUCUCACCUAUUAUUGUUAGUAUGCAAAUUUGGCUGCUUCAAGGUCUCUCAUAAAGCUGCCAUUUGCCAAGACCCAAUUUCCAGCGUUACUGGUUGCCAUGCUGUAAAUUGUUCUCAACAUUAAUUAACAAACUGAGAAAGUCACUUUAGGCUCUGUUUGCCCUCACAUCACUAAAGCUACAUGGAGGAAAACCACUCGGAUUUGGAGCAUCCAAGGCUCUGUCUUUCUUUCAAAAGACUCUGUUUUUCCCCAGUGAGACAGGUGGGAUUCAGCUUGGGCUCUUUCUUCAAGUAAUUCCUCUGCCUCCACUUGCUGCUUUGCUCUAUUGCUCUUGGUAGUCCACAAGUAUGCCUCUGUUUUCCGGGUGUUUUCUACUUUGGCAGCCCAAGCUAUGUAUCAAAUGGGGUGCUGGAGCAUGGAGCAAGUAACUCACAGAUGGCGUAAAGGGCCUUUGCUUUCCACCAGGAAACCAGCAGCAAAUACAGCAAGGCUCCUUCUCUUUUCCAGUCUGUGUAGCCUGAAUCUCACACGCUGUAGCUCAAAUCUCAGCCUCAUCCCUGCCACUCUCGAAGAACUCCAGAGGGUCCAAGGAAAACAAGAGAAUGACAAAAAAAUGGGGAUUUCCUCUGUCCCAAGGCACAUAUUCCUGUUUGGGAGUGAAUAUAGAGAACAGCAUGGAUCAUAAGGCACUCAGGUCUCAUGUUCCUCAUAUGUGCUAACACAGGGAUCCUUAACACUUAUCUGCCUCAUAGGGCUUUAUGAGAAUUAAUUAAUGUUUGCAAAUCACUUUGUAUCCUCAGAAGGAAAGUGCUGUAGAAGAGCUGUGGAAAAAAACGCUAAGUACACUGGAUGAAUUUCACCCCUGAGUCCAGAGCUACAAGACCCUCGAAAUCCUUAAAUACCAUGUAAGCUCUCAAUGUAAGCACCCGAGUAUAUAAAACUUGUGCUUAGCGCUGAGGGGAGUCACAGUCUAGGUGAAAUUGCCAUUCCCAGAGUAUCUAUAAUAUUGAUCCCGACAGAGAGCAAGAAUCAUAACAGUGCAUAACAGGACCAACAGCACAGGUUAACCGAGUGCUGUGUAGCCAUCCUCAGAAUUUCAAACCUUUUUAUGUCUUUGAGCCACUUUGUAUUUCCGUGAAAGAAAUUUGCCUUCCCGGUUGUACCAAGUGUGUCUUUCGUAACAGCCUCAGAAGUAUUCAAAUCAUUUGUUAUUCCAAAUCCAGCUUCAAAUAACUUCAAAUCAAUGGAUAUUUUCUUUUAGAAUGGUGCAUUGCAGAGAGGACUAGUUGCUUAACAAAACAUAAAAUAAAUUGUCUCUCUGAUAACAAAAUAGGCAUCUGUUUGUGAUGCACAUCACCAGUAACUGAGCUAGGAAGCUGCGAGCACAAUGUCAGGAAGUUACCUUCCCAAACCACACCAUCAUUAGCCAGCAUCCCCAGGUCAAACUCCCAGCUCUGUUCUGACAUAUUACCUCUAGAAGUCAUCAGUAAAGCACUUCACCAAGUAUUGAACACCAGUCAAAUCAACAAAAUGUUUCUAUUGCUGUUCAUGUUAUUCAGGCCAUACUAACAAAUCCUUCCUUCCUUAGCACUAGUUAUCCUUUUCUCCUCCACUUGGCAUUCUUAGAUAUGGAACUCUCACCUUGUCAAGACACAUGAAAGGAAACAUCUCCUGCAGAAGUAAGCUAGACAUAGGUAACGUUUACCAAAGGACAGGCCCUUCUUAGUCUUUUUCUUACUUCCUUUUUGGAAAAUAUUUGCAUUGAAAAAUGUUAUUUUCAUCUGUAGUUUAAAUUUGUCAGAGAAUCAGAGAAUGGUUUGGAUUGGAAAGGACCUUAAAGACCAACUAGUCCAACCCCCCUACCAUGGGCAGGGACAUCUUCACUAGACCUGGUUGCUCAGUCCCAUCCCCUGGCCUCAAACACUUCCAGGGAUGGAGCAUCCACAUCUGCGCAACCUAUUCCAGUGUUACACCACCCUCAUUGUAAAACAUGUCUUCCUUAUGUCCAAUCUAAAUCCACUCGCAGUUGGAAACUUGUCCCUUGUCCUGUGGCUGCAGGCCUUGGUAAAAAGUCUGUCCCCAUCUUCCAUACAGGCCCUUUUUAAAUACUGAAAGGCUGCAAUAAGGUCUCUCUGGAGCCUCCUCUUCUCCAGGCUGAACAACCCCAACUCUCUCAGCCUGUCCUCACAGCAGAGCUGUUCCAGCCCUCUGACCAUUUUUGUGGCCUCCUCUGGCCCCUCUCCAGCAGGUCCAUGUAUUUCCUGUACUGAGGGUCCCAGAGCUUUACACAGGACUCCACGUGGGAUCUCACCAGAGCAGAGCAGAGGGGCAGAAUCACCUCCCUUGACCUGCUGGUCACACCUCUUUUGGUGUAGUCCAGGCUAUGGUUGGCUUUCUGGGUCCUAUUCUCAAGUCUAUCAAGGUCCCUCUGGAUGUCAAGGUCUCUUUGGGGGUCUGCCUUCACCCAUGACAAACAACUCCAUCUUCCAUUUGAGUAAGAUGCCAUAUGGGUAGAUGGGGACUUCUGGCUUUCUCCAGGAAAUCACACUUAGCUAACUAGUUAUGAUCAAUACAGUAACUAACUUUUUAAUUUCCUCAGCCUUUCAUUUUGCCUUUCUGGUCCCACAGUCAGCUCUUGCUACAGUUCUAGAUGUUUUCUUCCUCAUCCCCAUCUCGCAGGCUGGGAUUGUGACAUGCAGGACAAGGUAGGGCUGAAAUUACUCACAGAAAAAAGACAGAGGGGAGUGCUGAGCCGCUUCAAGCAGCUCAGGACCCUUCUGCUUUCUUCUCGUUCCCACCCCGACCUGUGGGACUGACGGCCAUGUUCUCCUAUUAUUCCUGACAAGAGAGUUCAGUUCCCUCCUGAGGAAGAGACAGUGAGUGCUGAUCACACAGAAUCACAGAAUCGACUGGGUUGGAAAAGACCUCAGAGAUCACCAAGUCCAACCCUUGGUCCAACUCCAGUCCAAUUACUAGAUGUUUCCACACAAAAUUUCUGACCAGCUCUUCCUCUCUGUGUUGGCAGGCAAACAGGAGAGACUGGUAGUCCAGGGAUCAAAAGCCCUUAGUGCUGGUGACUCAGAUACCCUGUGUGAAACAGGAGUGUAGCUGGAGGGGUUAGAGCAGCAUCUCCUGGCCCGGCAAUGUUGCCUGAUGUUGUUACUGAUCCGCUUCAAUGAGCAUUGCCGCUUUAUGGCCCUGCAGUAGAACCAGCUGGAACUGGUGGUCUCACACCUGUGCAGGGACCUUUUUUAGGCCAUCGAGGACACGCAAUCAACCUUGCAACAAUUCACUGGGCUUAAAUAGCAAGAGAAGGUGGAAUGGGAGAGGAAAAAGGUCCUGAUUUAAACACAGAAGUUGUAAUUCACCUAAUCUUGUACUGAAGAUCUAAACUAAGCACAAUUAAUCACACCCUGGAAGCGCUUGCUUCCGUCCACCGGCUACAAAGGGAAUUUAGAUGAUGAGCUCAGAUGUGGAGGUGCUAUAAAUCCCACCUCAGGUUUACAAUCGUACCUAUUAGUAACAAGAGUACCUGCUCAAAUUGGUAAAUAGCAUGUGCUCAGAUCAUGUUGGGAGGGAGUAGUUAUGCAGAAAAAUAGGUAUGUGGUAAAUAUAUUUAUUUCUGAGAUGUUUAAAGCAUACAUUUUAGACUUGGACCAUUUCUUGCCCACUCUAAUUCACUGGGCCAAAAUCCAAAGAAGUAAGUAGUUCCUCAAGGACUGAUUGUGCACCUUUCUUCUGUUAAGAUUACUGAAAUAUCAAGAAAAUACAUUUUACAGUUUACUAAACACUUGCAGGCACUUUUUCCGUAUGUUCCUGGAAGCAGAGCUGGCUUCCUUUAAACAGAAGAAACAGUUUUUCAGUGGAUGGAGAAAGAGAUGAGAUUGGCUGUGAGCCCACAUGAGGUCAAUAUUACUCUUUUUUUACAGAAGUUCAAGAGCAUUUUUCAAUUCAUGGUAUGAAAAUGGCAGUUUUAUCCAUGAUGAACAGCCUGAAGGCCACCCAGGGCCACCCAAAGCUGGUGGCCUGCCUGCAGACCAGCAGUCCCAUGGCAGCUCUGAGGGCUGGCCAGGCCGCAUCCCUCGUUGUCGGUGGAGGCAAGAAGCGUGGUGUUGUGUUGAGAACUUCAGAGUGGCCAGAUCAAUAUGUGCUCGGAGUGCCAUCCACAGGCUCUUGCUUUCUGCAGAUAGUAGCAGGAGGGGUUGCUCAUGGCAACUCGCUGCCUUCCUGGGCAUAUUAUUGAUGGAAACCUGGUCUGUGGUGCUGUCUGCUGACCAGGGCCAUGUUGUGGCAGGCAUCCAGAGGCUCUGUUCUCUGGAGCUGCCACCGUGCAGAAGCCCAAACCAAACCGUGCUGCAGGUGGGUGAGGGAAACAAACAGGUGGAGAAUCACAGAAUCACAGAAUCACUUCAGUUGGAAGAGACCCUCAGGAUCAUCCAGUCCAGUCAUAACCUGACCCUAGCACUAAACCAUGCCCCUAAGAAACUCAUCUAAAUGCCUUUUAAAUAUCUCCAGGGGUGGUGACUUGACCACUUUCCUGGGCAGCCUGUUCCAAUGCUUGACAACACUUUCUGUGAAGAAUUUUUUUCCUAAUACCCAAUCUAAACCUGCCCUGGUGCAACUGGAGGCCAUUUUCUCUUGUCCUAUCACUUGUUACUUGGGAGAAGAGACGAACCCCCUCCAUGCUACAGCCUCCUUUCAGGUAAUUGCAAAGAGCGAUAAGGUCUCCCCGCAGCCUCCUUUUCUCCAGGCUAAACAGCCCCAGUUCCCUCAGCUGCUCCUCAUCAGACAGUAGAGGGCAACCAAAAUAACCAGAUGCUUAAAUUUGUCGUGACUUCUCCAGCCAGUUGCAAUAAUCUCAGUGGUCCUGAUUCCCUCCCCUGUAGCACCAGUGGCUACAGAGGCAAGGCACUGGUCCCAGCGAGGGCUCCAGCCAUGGGCCGCCCUCCCGAUGGGCGUGCUGGCAGCGCAGAUGGGGGGCAGCGGGAUACGGGUGCCAGGGGAGUCUUCCCCAGCUCCCCUCUUCGCACAGCGAACUCCUAAGCGAGGGUCCCUGGGCAGAUGAGGUAAUGCAAAGAUCACCUUACGACCAGAAUUAUUUUUGUAACAAACUGCAGAGGUUCAUUUCCAUACUUCGUUUAUAGCAACAAACAUCAGCAGAAUUCUUUGCAAAAUUAUUCGAGUCGGGACAGCUUUAUUUGCAGCACAUAAAAUAUCGCUCAUGUUUCUCUCUGAGGGUGUGCUGCACGAGGCCUCCCCCACCCAGCCAAAGUUAUAGCAGUUUAUCUUCCCAAUGAGCAUAAUCCCACAAUAUGUCCCCAUACAGCUGGCAAUAUUGUUUACACAGGUUAAUAAACGGAGUAUUCUGUACAGUAAUUUAUGCUGUAAAGUAUGUACAUACAUCACGGUAGCAGUCACAAAUGCUUUAAACUGCCUUAUUUAUUAGAUUGGUUAGCAUUUCCCCCCUUGCUCCAGAAUACUUUAAAUUAUUUUUAUCUUUUGCAUUAGGUAUUUUUUUAGUUACUACAUUUUGACCCAAUUAUUGACCCAAAAAAAAAGGUCUUUACAGUAAAUAGAUAUCUAAAAUUUAAGUAGAAAUAGCAAAUUCACUGCCCAUCCAACUAAUAUAGCUGCUCUGAUUAUUAUUAAAAAUAAACAUGGUAUACUCUUAACUGUGUAUCAUAGUAUAUGCCAGAAAUCAUAUUCCACUUGUGAUCAAUACAAACAACAAGCGCUUUAGUAACUUUCACCUAUUUCCUUCUUCCAUUGUGAGACAAAAAAAAAUAACCAACUCUUUAAUCGCAAGUGUUCCCUGUGAGAGCCCUGGUCUUAAUCCUCCCUCAGGCAAAACUCACAUUGGCUUUAGUGCGAGCUUUACCUAAGUAAAAGUACAACAUAAGGACAUCACAAAAAUAAAUAUGUCGUGUAUGAACAGUACUUGUGCUUGGUAGUCAUUCUUUUUCUCUUUAGUAAGAAACAUAGGGUAAAUGCUACACCUUUAAUGCUCCUCUGUCUCACUCCUUCCUUUUUGCUGUUCAAGUAAGAAAAAUAGAGAUUCAAAACCAAUUGUAUUUGUUCCAUGUGCUCAAGCAAGAUAGAAAACUUUUGGAGAUCAGUUCUGAGUCAAACUAGAAAAUACAAUAAUAUUUUGCUUUUGUUUGUUUUCAUGUUAAAAUAUGUUACGCAAUUAAGCAGGUUCAUGCGUACAAAGGUAAAGGAAUUAUUAAUGAUUUGUUUUACUGUUUGGAGAUUUUGCUAUGUCCACAGUUCAUAUAAAACUCAUGUAGCACAGUUUCUGGGAUGGUGAAAAAUCCUACUGUAAUGUAACAGAAUGAGCCUUAAGGAUUUGUAAGAAUAAGCACUUUUAUAUUAAAACGCAAAUAGUAAUUCAUCAGUAAGAUUACUUUUUUAAUGUGACAAUAAACCAUGAAAUCAA